AUGGAGGAGGAGGAGAAGGAGGAGGAGAAGGAGGAGGAGAAGAAGAAGCGGAAGAAGAGGAAGAAGAAGAAGAAGGAGACAUCAGAUGAAGACACGGAAGAGGAAGAAGAGGAGGAAGAGGAGGAGGAGGAAGAGGAAGAGGUGGAGAAGGAAGACAAGAAGAACAGUUUAAGAAGAAGACACAAGAAGGAAGAAGAGAGUAGGAGAGGAGGAGGAGAGAGGAGAGAGGAGGAGGAGGAGGAGGAGGAGGAGGAGGAAAAGGUAAAUAAUAACAGGGGGCCUUCCUCCUUACCCCCCCCCAACAGAGCCAGCACCCCCCACCACCAGCGCGCCCCCCCACUCCCACCCCCCCCCACCAACCAAGGCGGGGGGGGGUGGAGGAGGAGGGGGGAGGAGGAGGCACAAGAGGAGGAGGAGGAGGAGCAACGGCCCCCAGUCUCCCUCCAGGUCCCCCUCCCCCCCCGGUGCCUCCCUGCCCCCUCACCCCCCACCCCCACCCCUCCCCCGCCCCCCACCCCCCCCUCCCUCUCCCGCCCUGCGCCACCGGAGGAGGAAGCACCACCACCACCACCACCGCCACCACCACCGCCGCCGCCGCCGCCACACCGAGCCCCCCUCCCCCCCACCACAGCCGCCCCCCCCACGACCCCCACCACCACGUCGACCUCACCCUUCGCAUCAAGCCCCCCUCCGGUCUCCUGGGGGGGGAGUGGGGGGCGACCACCCCCCUACCAGGAGGAGGAAGGGGAGGGGGAGGGGACGGGGGGGGAGUCCGCCCCUCCUACUACCCCCACCACCCCCACCACCUCGGAGGGGGAGACAGAGGGGGGACAAAGUGACUUCGACUAUUCUCCCAAGAAGGAAGGGACGAAAGGUGGAGGCGCUAGAAGGAAAAAACGACACCCAUCUGGAAAGUCAAAAAUUGCUCCAUUUCUCCCAGAAAGACAUUUAUGGAGAUGGUACGGAAAGGGGUUUAAGAGACCAGGAGCUAAAGGGAAGGGCCGGAAGGAGUACUUCAAGGCCAUUGUAAGAGGCAAGGAGAUGAUUAAGGUCGAGGACUGCGCCGUGUUCCUGUCAGCGGGGCAGCCAGAUCAGCCUUACAUUGGUCGAAUAGAGCACAUGUGGCAGAGCUGGGGAGGAAACAUGGUUGUAAAAGUCAAAUGGUUUUAUCACCCACAAGAAACGAAGGGUUUGGGCAAGCGAUUAACAGAACCACGAGGGGCGCUUUUUCAGUCUCCCCACACAGAUGAGAAUGAUGUUCAGACCAUCAGCCACAAAUGUGAGGUGGUUGCCUUGUCAGAUUAUAGACAUCGGAGGAGAGACAUGGAGAACAGGUUUGGGCCGGGUCAAGAACAGGAUGACCUUUACUACUUAGCCGGCUCCUAUGACCCCACCAGCGGUCAUAUCACAAUGGAACCGGGCGUGUCUUGAACUGUGUGUGUGUGUGUGUGUGUGUGUGUGUGUGUGUGUGUGUGUGUGUGAGACAGAAAGACAGGAGAGAGAGAGAGAGAGAGAGUGUGUGUGUGUGUGUGUUUUAAGAAAGAAGGAAGGAAGAGAAGAAGAAGAAGAAGAAAGAGAGAGAGAGAGUGUGUGUGUGUGUGUGUGUGUGUGUUAAACUGAUUAAAAACAAGACAAAGAAGAAAUAAAGAAAAUAUUAAGAAAAAAUAGGAAAAAAAAGAAAUUGAUAUAUUUUUUAAUUGUCGUUAAAAUUAUUAAUCUAUUUUCUUAUGCCUCUCUCUCUCUCUCUCUCUCUCUCUCUCUCUCUCUCUCUCUCUCUCUCUCUCUCUCUCUAUCUCUCUCUCUCUCUCUCUCUCUCUCUCUCUUCCAAUCGUUUGUUUGUUUGUUUGUUUAUUAUUAUUAUUAUUAUUAUUAUUAUUAUUAUUAUUAUUAUUAUUAUUAUUAUUAAAGGGGAAAAGAAAUAUUUUAUGUAUGUACGCACACACACACACACACACACACACACACACACACACACACACACACACACACACACACACACACACACACACACACACACACACACACACACACACACACACACACACACACACAUGUACAGAUUCCAUGUGUACCUGACGUGUGUGUGUGUGUGUGUGUGUGUGUGUGUGUGUGUGUGUGUGUGUGAAGGAAUGAAGAAAAUAUUGUGAUAAAUGAAAGAAUAAUGUGAUAAAUGAGAAGGUGAAAGAAACUAUGUGAUAAAACGGGGAAUUAGAGAAGAAUAUGUGAUAAAAAUAGGAAAAAUCAAGAAAAAGUGAUAAAUUUGAAAGAAAUGAAGGAAUUAAUGAGAAAUGCUGAUAAUUAUGAAGAAGCGAAUGAAGGAGAUGGAGAAAAUAUGUGAUAAAUUAAGGAGAAAUGCGAAUAAAUGUGAUAAAAAGAAGAAGGGUGAUAAAUAUGAAAGACUGUGAAGGAAAAAUGGUGCAACGAAUGAAGGAAAUGGAGUAAUAAGUGAUAAAUAAAGGAAAUGGAGGAAAACGCGAUAGAUGUGAAGAAAAAUGAAAGA